GCGCGCGCUGACGUGUUUCCGGCGGGGCGCUGGCGGCGGCCGCGGACGGGACUCGGUGGCGGCGGCGGCGGCGGCCCGGGGGCAGCCGGGGGCAUUUUGUUUCCAGACAUGUCUUUCAUCUUCGAAUGGCUCUACAACGGCUUCAGCAGCGUCUUGCAGUUCCUAGGUUUGUACAAGAAGUCUGGAAAGCUGGUGUUCCUGGGCUUGGAUAAUGCAGGGAAAACCACUCUGCUGCACAUGCUCAAAGAUGACAGGCUGGGUCAGCACGUCCCCACGCUACAUCCCACAUCAGAGGAGCUGACGAUUGCCGGAAUGACCUUCACGACUUUUGAUCUAGGUGGACAUGAACAAGCUCGCCGGGUCUGGAAGAACUACCUGCCUGCCAUCAAUGGGAUUGUCUUCCUGGUGGACUGUGCAGAUCACUCACGGCUUAUGGAAUCCAAAGUUGAGCUUAAUGCGUUAAUGACAGACGAGACAAUAUCCAACGUGCCAAUCCUUAUCCUGGGAAACAAAAUCGACAGACCAGAGGCCAUCAGCGAGGAGAAACUGCGGGAGAUCUUCGGGCUCUACGGACAGACCACAGGGAAGGGAAACGUGCCACUGAAGGACCUGAAUGCGCGCCCCAUGGAGGUGUUCAUGUGCAGCGUGCUCAAGAGGCAAGGCUACGGUGAGGGCUUCCGCUGGCUAUCGCAGUACAUCGACUGACGCCGGCACGGACACGAGAGUUUUACUCCUCUGGACUGAUCCUGUUCACUUCAGCUUCCUAUGGACUUUUCUAUUAGAACAUGGAAGGCUUUCCUGGCGUUGUCCAAGAGACUCCUGGUUUCCAGCUGCCCUUAUGGCACAGUGGUGACACCGCUCUUUUCCGCGCGGCGGGGAGGCAGCGCCGCUCCUGAGUUGUCCCUGCCCAGUUGGGUGACAGCGGGGCUGCUCCAGCCUGGGAAGGCAAAACUCUGCACGCUGCAGUGUAACAGCUGAAAAAGAGAGCACGUCUCACCACUGUGGUUAAUUGACUUCAAAAACAAACAAACAAAAAACGGAAAAGGAAAAAAGCAAUUAUAUUUUUUAAAGAAAGUGUUAAUGUAAAUGGCGUCCCUUCUAACUUUUUAGUUUAACGUUCAUCUUGUUUAGUCCAGAGUCUGGUUUAGGGUUUUUUAAAAAUAUAUUUAACGGUAUUUAGGUAUUUCACAAAUUACUGAACCAAGGUAUCACGAUAUUAGAAGUCCUCAAUAAACAUAGCAUUUGGGCUUAACUGA